UUAAAUAUUCAGGAAUUUGAGAUAUCUCUAUAAGAUAUGAAUAUAACAUAGUUAUACCAAAAAAAUGCUCUUACAAUCUGAAUGAAAAUAUACAAAGAGUUCAUACUUUUAGCCUGAGAGUUGGGGACAGCUUUUCUCUAAAUAAAUUUUCUUUUCAUUAUUUAAUUUGAAACUUUACUCCUUUAUUGCUCUAUUAUAAAUAGAUCUUCUGUAAGUCUAACCCAUUUAUGAGAGAGGACAAACACAUACCACUACUCAUUUAUCUCGGUUCUGUCAUGAAAUUUCUGUUCUUCAGUUUUUUUUUUUUUUCUUCAUUCCCAUUAUCACCCCAAGUUAAUUGCUUGCGAAAGUGCUUAACCCCUUCUUAGUGUGUGUCCGAUACUUUCUUCAAAAUACUACCCAGAGAAAAGUUGUUUAGUUUUUUUUUUUUCAGAUAAUCCAUUUUCUGCUCCAUUUCUGUUUCUUCAAUUCAUUCUUUAAAGUAUCCAAAAAAAAAAAAAAAAAAAGUCAUUCAAGAUUUGGGUUUUUGCAAUAUCUCUGUUUUCUAAUCCAUUCUUGUUUCUUGAAUAAUUCUCAAGUUCCUUCCUUUACAUAAGCCCCGUUCUUGAAUAACUCCCACCUUUGCCCUUUUUUUUUAUCACCUUUAAUGGGUGAAAAAUGGGCAUUUGCUGUGCAUGUGAUAAAUGGAAGAUGGUUUUCAGUUUUUGCCUCUUUCUUAAUCAUGGCUGGAGCUGGAGCAACCUAUCUAUUUGGGACCUACUCAAAAGAUAUAAAAGAAACACUUGGGUAUGAUCAAUCAACACUCAAUCUUAUAGGCUUUUUUAAAGAUCUUGGUGCUAAUAUUGGAGUUCUUUCUGGUUUAAUAGCAGAAGUAACACCAACAUGGUUUGUGCUUCUUAUUGGAUCUGCUAUGAAUUUUAUUGGGUAUUUCAUGAUUUGGCUAGUUGUGACUAGAAAAAUAGCCAAACCUGAAAUUUGGCAAAUGUGUCUAUAUAUUUGUAUUGGAGCAAAUUCCCAAAAUUUUGCUAACACAGGAGCUCUUGUUACUUGUGUGUUAAAUUUUCCAGAAAGUAGAGGUGUUAUGUUGGGUCUAUUGAAGGGUUUCGUUGGGUUAAGUGGAGCAAUAAUGACACAACUUUAUUUAGCCAUUUAUGGGAAUGAUUCCAAAUCUUUAAUUCUUUUAAUUGCCUGGUUACCAGCUGCUCUUUCUGUUAUUUUUGUGUUCACAAUCAGAAAAAUGAAGGCGGAGAGACAACCUAAUGAGCUAAAAGUGUUUUACCAUUUCCUCUAUGUCUCAAUUGUGCUAGCUUUAUUUCUUAUGGUCAUGAACAUACUUGAAAAGCAAGUAAAUUUCUCCAAAGGAGCAUAUGCUACAAUUGCUACUUUGGUUUGUCUCUUGCUCUUUGUACCUCUUUUAAUUGCUAUCAGAGAAGAAUGGGGUCAAUGGAAUAUCAAGAAACAGGAAGCAAUGAAGCCUUCUUGCGAAGUGACUAUAAAUAAACCAUCAGAAGAGAAAGAUGAAUCGGUGGAAACAAAAAUCUCAAAAGAGGAAAAGAACCAGAUUUCAAGAUCCUGUUUCCUGACUGUAUUUGACAAGCCAGAAAGAGGUGAAGAUUACACAAUUUUACAAGCACUUUUGAGCAUUGACAUGUUGAUAUUAUUUGCUGCUACAUUUUGUGGACUUGGAUCAAGCUUAACAGCAGUUGACAAUUUAGGUCAAAUUGGUGAGUCACUUGGAUACCCCACUAAAACAAUCAAGUCUUUUGUUUCUUUAGUGAGUAUAUGGAAUUAUUUUGGAAGGGUUUUUGCUGGUUUUGUUUCUGAGACCCUAAUUGUCAAAUACAAAACCCCUAGACCAUUAAUGAUGACUGGUGUUCUACUUUUAUCCUCAAUAGGUUUUCUUAUCAUUGCCUUUCCUUUUCCUAAUUCAGUCUAUAUAGCUUCAGUGAUCAUAGGAUUUUCAUUUGGUGCACAAUUGCCUCUGCUUUUUGCAAUAAUUUCUGAGCUAUUUGGGUUGAAGUAUUAUUCUACAUUGUUCAAUUGUGGGCAAUUGGCAAGUCCACUUGGGUCAUAUAUCCUCAAUGUGAAGGUUACAGGAACUUUAUAUGAUAAUGAGGCAUUGAGACAGCUAAAAAAGAAGGGCUUGGAGAGGUCUGCAGUUAAGGAACUGAUUUGCAUUGGAGUUGAAUGUUAUAGAAAACCAUUUAUAGUUUUGUGUUCUGCAGCUUUAUUUGGUGCUCUUAUUUCACUUAUUUUGGUGGUGAGGACAAGAAAAUUCUACAGUGGUGAUAUAUAUAAGAAGUUUAGAGAUAGAGUUGAAGAUUGCUCUUGAAUUGAGACCAAAAUUAGAAGAUUAGCCACCUAGGAAAUUGCCAAAUCUUUUCUUCCAUUUUUUGCUGGAAAAGAGGAGGAAAAAUAAUAAAAGGGGCUAUAUAUGUAAUUGCCAAAUUAUGCAUAACUGGCAUAAAUUUGAUUAUGUAAUCAUCAAGAGAUAAAUAUUAGGAUAAGUUUGAUGACUGUGCAA